ACAGAGACACACUGCUAUAUUAUGAUAGAUUCGACGCGGAAUUGUUGGCAUUGUUUUACCCAGGUGAUGGAAUGGAAUGUGAAUGUGAUUUCGUUGGUCGUCUCGGGCGAUAUAAGGAGGACAUAUGUUUGGCAAUCUCUUACCGGAACGCCUGGCCCCCGAAACCCCCGCCAUUCUCUAGGUCGGCAGUAACAAAGCCAAUGCUAGAUUGAUCAUGGUGUGCUGUACGCGAGAACAUUUUCGUCUCCAUAAGUUCGGAUUGGAACAUCAGCAACCCAAAGACUUCGUUACAUUACAGGCGGGAAGUCGAGUUCACUACCUAAUAUGGUCAUCCUUCUGGACGAUGUUCCACCUGAUCUGGUGUGCCUACGAUGCCUAUUUCUUCAACGCUACCUGGGACGUACACCCAGCCUCGUGGCUGGUCUACCUCACCAACUGGUCCUACACGCUUAUAACAGUCCAUUCCUUCAUCGACUUCAUCAUCGCUAGCUACACCCACUUCUACAAAUAUGACAAAACAGAAAAGGAAAUGCCGUGGUAUAUGAAGGUUAACUGGGUAAUCUUCAACACGAUGAACACCUCGGCCAUACUACUAACACUGACGUACUGGGUUCUCCUGGCGAAAUCAUUUGCAGCCACGUCCAUCAACAAGCACGGCAUCAACGCUCUCUACGUCAUCUUGUGUGUUUCUUUUACGGCAAAGCCAAUCAAAUUUCAGCAUUUUUACAUACCCGUUAUAUACAAUCUAAUCUAUAUUAUAUUCUGUACUAUAUAUCAGAUUAUAUCCGGUCACGUGGUAUAUUCGUUUUUAAACUGGGGUGAAAAACCUGUGUCGUCACUGGUUCUUUCAUUAGGUUACGUGUUUGUAUGUUGUCCCAUCAUGCAUAUGUUAAUCUACGGACUAUAUCGUCUGAGACUGCGCAUCGCUAGGCGAUGUGCGAGGGCUUCCGAACAGCCUCGAUUACCUGGUGAGGCGGAAGUGGAAAGUAGAAUGUUAACAAAGACUGAGGAGACUGAUCAGAAUAUGGUCCUAUCGAACGGACAACACAAAGCUAUUUUUAGUUCGGCCGUGGCAGAGGUCUGAAUGUGUGUGGUUAGAGACAUAUUUUAUCAAUGCAAUCAGAAGUGUAUGUUAAUAGUGCGUGAUUUUGAUGGGUGUGGACUAAACUGUAUUUUUGUUUUAAAUAGUGCUAAUGGAGUGUAGAGUUAUUCGUAUAAGGGAAUCAACAUUGCAUUGCCUGUUACCGAGAAUCAACCAUUGUUGUGCCAUUAUACAUUACAGUAUUGAGAUAAGUAGAUAAGUAUACUGCAAAAUUACCUGUGAAAUUAUAUUAAGAUGUACCUUACUUUUGGAUUUCCUGUUAUGGCGUCAUGUGAUUUAGAUUUUACAGACUCUCAGAUGUAUCACUUUGUAUGAUUGUAAAUGUUUACGGUUAAAACAUCCAUUGUAUUUCAUCUUCAUGGUUUGUUGUCGACGUAUUUUACGAAUGUAAUGACAAUAUGUAUCACUUUGAUAGCAGUAUUAUUUUCUGUAUUUGAUCAAUGCAAGAUGAAUUUCAUCAUUUUUCUGUUCGAAAUCACUCCAAUAGUUGUAAAAUGCUACUUUCUGGAAUUCUUUCAUUUGUAAAGUGUUUCUGCGCGGCUGUUCAAACAUUUGAUCUGAAUGUUUAUACACUGGGAAAGUGACAGGAAAGUCAAGUUAUAUUGGUUUUGUCAAGUUUAUCUACCAUUACAGGUAGUUGAUGAGGUCAGUAUGUAGUUCAGCGAUAUCAUGAUACAAAUCAUUCUGAUCUAUUAGAGUUAUUUCCCUUCGUUUCACUCUCUUAGUGUAUGUGUCGCGUUCUCUGAUUGAUCAGCGCGAAAAGCACUGCGCGUGCAAUGAGGCAAUGGCUUGACAGCCGAUGAGGUCCGAGAAAGGGUGCAUAUCCAGAUGGUACCAUGCUUAUCUUUUUCAUUUUGAGACCUCCCUUUAUCAGCUGUUUAGAUACCGAGUAAGUUAAUAUACAUAUAGAUGUUUUUCGCCUUAUUGUCGUUAUACAAUUCCAUGUUCAAUUACGAUGUAUGUAAUAUCUAAAUCUAUUCAUGAGGUCAGUAUCAAUAGAAAUGUUCAUGUAAUAUUAAUUACUACUCAUAUCUAUAUGAUAAUUAACACUAAAUCUACGUCCAUUUGGUAUAACCAGAAUGCGAACUGAACAUCACAAUCUCGCUGUCUCUGUUGUCCUGUGUUCUAUGUCAUUCUCUGGCACAUUUCUAUAAAGACAACGCGUCAAAAUCAUUUAGGUACAGUAUACAUAUAUAGUGUAUACAGUUGUAGACAUGUCCCAUUCCAGUAUUGCUCUCAUCAUUGUUCUCGGUACCAACCGUACACAUACCGGUGUAUGCUGCUUUUAAACAAGGGCACUCUGACAUUGCAUAAUAUCAAAAUGUACAUAACUGUCACAUAAAAACAUGGUUGUUCUGCUAAGAUAACUGAUAUAUAAUUUCAUUUAAAGAACUCCAUUAAUCACUUUUUUAAUUCCGUCAAUAUAUGUGUGUUGUUACGUUGAAGAUUUAAAGCGAAUUUUAGACUCACGCGUUAGCAUUGUCUUCAGUCAGAUAAAUUACGUACAUGUAUAAUGGUUUUUAAGAUAUUGCUAUCGGCUACAUGUCGAUGAAGUAAGGGCGGUUUAGAUUAGAUUCGAUAAUUGCGGGAUAUAUGAAAUAAUUCAUUCCAAGUAAGAAACCUUUAAUUUAUUUAUACAUUUGACAUAAUUUUAAUAUGUAUAUAUAACUGUUUCUCAGUGUACAGCAUUUUUUUUGUGUUGAAUAAUAAGAACUGGUUCAAGUGUUGUAAGAUUGGGUUUCGUUUUUAUAGUUUUUAUUGUAGUGAAAGUCAUUAAUCGGUUUCCUUGUAAAAAAGUUUUAGCGGACCGUCUGUUUUCGCUAGGAGGGCUUUAAAAAACUGCCUUUGAAGUUAAAGAAUAUACCUAGAUAUGUAUACCCUUGAACUUUGACUAACUCUGUAUUUUUAUAUGGUCUCAAUACUUAACUAUGAGCAAAUUUGUUUUGUAAAAUUAUUUUACGCGGGUAAGAAUUCGACUUUUGUCAAUUUAUUUUCUUCUUUUUUUUUUUAACAAUUAGAAUUUUAAAAAAUCGAACAAAAACUUAUCGCUACCUUUAUCGAGGAGCGAAUGACUUUUGUCAUUACUACAAUGAAGGUAACCGCGCUAUAAACACAUACUAUGUUAUUAUGUACAUCAUGAAGUACAGUUAGUGUAGGAUUGUCAUUACUCAGUAAGCAACCUAUAAUCCAUUUCUAGUUGUUACUUCAACCGAUGAGAUUAUGAGAGAGUGUUUUUAAUGUAUUUCGAAAUUAAAAAAAUAAUGAACAAGAGUGAAAAA